CCAAACAGGGUACAAAUCUCUCUCUCUCUCUCUCUGAACUGCUUCUCACUCCCUCCCUCUCUCUCUACCCACACUCUUUUCCCCCACUCAUGAAAUCAGACCACAAUCAAACUCCAACACACACACGGAAACAAACUGUAUCACCAAAAAUGUCUCAAAAAACACUGAAUUAGAUCCUGCUUUUCACUACUUUCACUAUUCUUCUCCUAGAUCUUCUUCCUCUUUUCUCCUUCAUCACUUCACAACCCCCUUUGACUAGGUUAAAAGGGGUUGUGCUGUUUCAUCCAAAAGUGAAACCUUUAAGCUGAUUCUGAACUUGGGUUGUUCUGCAAUGAGGGUUUAAGAUUGAAUUUUUUGUUGGGGUUUUGAUUUAUGAUUUUUUUGGGUGAAAUGGGUAGUUCUGAAGAAUCGAAUAUCAAUGGAAUAAAUGCUUCUGUGGGUGGUUUGGUUUGGGUAAGAAGGAGAAAUGGGUCAUGGUGGCCGGGUCGUAUAAUGAGUCUUGAUGAAUUGUCUGAUGGUUGUUUGGUUUCUCCGAGAUCGGGUACUCCGGUUAAGCUGUUGGGUCGUGAUGAUGCUAGUGUGGAUUGGUAUAAUCUUGAAAAAUCGAAGAGGGUAAAAGCUUUUCGUUGUAGAGAGUAUGCUGAAGCCAUUGAGAAGGCAAAGGCAUCUGCCGCUGGUUUAGGCAAGAAGGCAGUGAAGUAUGCUCGAAGGGAAGAUGCUAUUCUUCAUGCUCUUGAGCUAGAGAGUGCUCACUUGGACAAGGCACCCUUACCGUUAUGCUCCAGAUCAGAUAAAUCUGACAGCGAACACGGUGAACCAGCCGGAGAAUUACCCGUUAUGUCCAAUUCUAGUGAUGAUGGCAAUGAGGAUGUGAUUGAUGAUUUGAGUGACUCCGAAGACAAUUCUAAUUCAGCUCCAGAAUUGUCACAAUCUGGUAUAUCUUUUGAAGAACCUAAUCAUAAUGGUUCUUUAAAGAUUCCAUCUAUGCAGGGAAGAAGGAGAAGAACACCUAAUGAUUCAGAAGACGAUGGAACUGAAGGAGUGAAGCGAAUGAAAGGACUUGAGGACCUUGGCAAUGGUGUCGUGUCGAAUAGAAAGGGACAGGGUUUAGGUCCAACCGAGAUAGCGCAGCAUGUCAGUGCUUCCCUCAACGACUCAAUGACAGGGAAUGGCCUGGCAAAUGGAACUUCUGUAAAUGUUGGUAAGACAUAUUCUUCUCUGAAAAGGAAGAGAUCACAAGUGGGAAAUGUUCAUGAACUCUUGAAAAGAAAAAAUCGACGCCGGACUUUGACAAAGGUUUUAGAGAGUACUGCCAUGGUAUCAGUUCCUGUCACUUGUGACCAGCCUCCCGGUUCAAGCAGUUCUCCACCAUGCGGGAUAACUGAUGUAAAGAUUUCAGGAUUAGAUUCUACUGAUUCAAAGAAACCUUCUGGGAAGGAAAUUAACAAUUCAGAUAGUGCUGCUGAGACUGCUUGUGAGAAUGGGACUUCAUUAACGGUUCAUGACCAGGGUAGCGAUAUUCCCCAAAUCAAUCACAGGAUCAAGAAGGAGAAUGAGACUACAGAAAUACCAGGGCUAGUUGGCUAUGAUUCUUCUGACAUAUUAUUCGAUGUCCCACUUGUUGGGGUUCUAGAGGAGGAGAAACCCUCUCCAGGUAUCUCACCCACACUUGUUUCUUGCUCAUUCGGCAUGCCUGAAGUUAGUGCAUUGGAACAGAAAUCUUGUGAAGCUAGUCAAUCCGAAGCUUUUGCAUUGAGAAAUGGGAGCAAGAAUGAAGCUGGUUGUACCAGUUCAGCUGUUGGUCACGAUAUUGUUAGUGAUGGAGCAGAAAAAGAUAGUUCAAAGUGGCAGUCGAAAGGGAAGAGGAAUUUAAGACAUAAAAGUAAAAAUGGGAAACAAGUCUCGAGAAAAUAUAUCGGCAUGGAUGGUGAAUCCGAUGCUUAUUUAACAGGAACAAGGAACUCAGAUGGAUUAUGUGAAGGUGCCGGUCAGAAACAGAAAAUUGAUUGGAACGGCACAGGUGUAUCCAAUGCUUCAAACAAUUGUACUUCACAAAUCAACUGCAAGACAGUUGCUGAAGGUCAAGUAGAAGGGUUUCGGGACUUGAGCAAGCAUAUCGAGGGUACAACAGCAGAACCACCUCAGAGAUCACUUCCUUAUCGCCAGUCACGCUUUGCCAUUAACUCCAGAUAUGAAACGGCAGAUUUUCCUGGUAGAAACUGUAGUUCUGAUGGGACAUUAUACGAUGUUAAACUAGAAGUUAAAUCCAGUUACCGGCCACAACAUGUUCCUUUGGUUUCUCUUGCGAGUAAAUUGAGUGGCAAAGCCUUUAUUGGACACCCUUUGACAGUUGAGGUAUUGGAGGAUGGUCAUUGCGAUAAAAUGUUGAGCGGCUUGAGACGCGACGUGGAAGUUGAUGAUAUCGACUGUGUGGUGAAGCCAAAACCGGUCACCACAAGAAGACCGAAGAGAUCGUCGCAUUUUUCUCGUAGGAAAUCUUCAAAGUCAAAAAAAUCUGGGCUGUUGAAUAAAAAGAUUCGGAAGUUGUCCUCGUUGACCGGUCACAGACAGUCAGAAGAGAAGAGAAAACCGGUGGUAGAUAAGCUCAAGGGUCCUGUUAUAGCUUGUAUUCCUCUUACAAUAGUAUUCAGUAGGAUAAAUGAGGCAUUGAGUGGGCAGGCACGGUCGACGCACCGUGCAGUAUCGACUACCAACCCGUGAAAUCAGUUAUCAGGGAUGGUUUUACAAUGAAAUGAUGCUGCAGAGAAUUGUUACUUUAGUACUUCAUAAGAGAUUUUGGUUAGAAGAUGAUAAUAUUUUUAUUUUUCAACUUUUAUUCACAGUUUGCAGCACUACACUUUCUGCCAUGAAGGUUGAGAAUCUUCUGUACAAUUUUCAAGACAUUUGUAGGAGUUUUAAUCACAUGAGCCUUCUCUUGGCUCUGUAAAUAAUGUAACAUUGGAUGAGCGGUAAACAUGGUUUGGUUAUUAGGUAAUUAACCUGAUAUUGGGUUUGUUAUAAAGUAAUGAAUCUGGUUGUUUGGGUCAGUAGCUUUUGAUGUUGUACCCUCAUGCUGGACUUGACUUGGCAAUUUAUUCCAUAGUCUCUCCUCUCUACAAAGGCUAAAAGCAAAAUUGUAAUGGUGAGUGGGUCACCAUUUCAGUUUUGUAUUGUAUUGAACCUUGUCAUGCCAUAGAUACAUAUACAGAUUGUCAAGAAUAGUAUCAUUUUCUUUUGUUUUGUA